AUGAUUGUUUCUGGUUCACUUGGGAAACAUAUUGUGCCUCAUGUGCAUGAUAUGUUCCAAGUAGAUACCAUUUUUAUUUUUUGUAGCAACCGAGAAUGGCAUAAACAAUGGGCCAAAGAUUGGCCUAAAAUAAAGGGGGUCUUGACAGAUAUAGCAUCAAUUUGUGAAGCUCUUAAACAAACUGUUCAUCAAUGUGAACAAAAUGCGAUCUCAAUCAGCUUUGUAGCCUCAAACAAGAAAUUGGAUCAAUUAGAUCCAUCUUUUAUGUAUACUCAGAUCUUGAAAGAGAUCUUAUUAACCAUCAACUUUGAAGAUAAAUAUAUUAAAGAAUUUAUUACUUAUUGUCGCGAAGCAUUUGACGAAAACGAGUAUGAUUUACAUAAUAUUGAAAAAUUGGAACGUGACUAUCAUAAUCAAAGACCUAUUUGGUGGUAUACUUAUCAAUGUCUUUUAUAUUCGAUGCUGAAUCAAGCAUUAAGAUUAAUGGAUGUUGAUAUUAUUGUUCGAAUGGGCUUCUUUCUUAAUGAUCUACAUCGUGAUAUUCAACGACUUCAUUCGGAACAAUUUGAUGGUCAUCAAUCUGGUAAAACAUUUACAGUUUAUCGUGGACAAUCUCUUUCAAAAGAAGGUUUCACUGGAAUGACAAAUACUAAAGGUGGACUCCUUUCAUUUAAUAACUUUCUGUCAACUAGUAAAAAUCGUGAUGUUUCUCUCUUUUUCGCACCACAAGCUACUGCAAAUCCUGAUCUUAUUGGAAUUCUGUUUGUUAUAUCAAUUAAUCCAACGGAUUCAACAACCCCAUUUGCUUCUGUUACAGAUGUCAGUUAUUUCCAUACAGAAGAUGAAGUUCUCUUCUCCAUGCAUACCAUUUUUCGCAUUGGAGAUAUUAAAUCAAUGGAUGAAAAUAAUCACCUCUAUCAAGUAAACCUAAUAUUGACCAAUGAAACCGAUCAAGAUCUUCGAACUCUUAGCAAUCAGAUCCGCCAAGAGACCUUCCCAGAUGAAGAAGGAUGGUAUAGAUUAGGAUUAUUACUGAUUAAAAUGGGUCAGUUUACCAAAGCUCAAGAAAUUUAUAGAUAUUUACUUCAUCAAGCAACAAAUGAGAGUGACAAAGCAAAUAUUUAUCAUCAACUAGGUCGAAUCAAACGUAAUCAAGGAGAAUAUCAAGAAGCACUUUCUUAUUGUGAAAAAUCAUUUGCUAUCUAUGAAAAAACACUUCCUUCUAUUCAUCCUGAUUUAGCUUUACUCUACACGGGUAUCGGCAAUGUGUACGACCAUAUGGGUGACUAUCCAAAAGCACUUUCAUCUCAUGAAAAAGCCCUUGCAAUUCGACAAUCAUUUCCUUCCAAUCAUCUUGACUUGGGUACUUCCUAUAACAACAUGGGUAGCACGUAUUACUACAUGGGUGAUUAUCCAAAAGCACUUUCUUACUAUGAAAAAGCCGUUGUAAUUCGAGAGCAAUCACUUCCUUCCAAUCAUCCUGAUUUGGCUUCUUCCUACAUGGGCAUCGGUAUUACGUAUUGCGGCAUGGGUGAUUAUCCAAAAGCACUUUCGUCGCAUGAAAAAGCACUUGCAAUCAAACAACAAUCACUUCCUUCCAAUCAUCCUAGUUUGGGUAGUUCCUAUAACAACAUCGGUUUGUUGUAUGAAAAUAUGAGCAACUAUGCAGAAGCGCAUUCAUUUUAUGAACGUGCUGUACAAAAUGGACAACAAUCAUUACCAUUAUAUCAUCCAACUGUUCAAAAACGGAGAGAAAACCUAGAACGCAUGAAAAAGAAAUUAUAG